AUGAGGGAGCUGGCUGACAUCAGGAGAGCCGGAAUGAAAUCAUUCCGGGACAUCAAAGUAGAUGAAAGCAAUAUUCUCACUUGGCAAGGUCUGAUAGUCCCGGAGAACCCACCAUACAACAAAGGUGCCUUUCGGAUAGAGAUCAAUUUCCCCGCCGAGUACCCGUUCAAGCCGCCCAAGAUCAACUUCAAGACCAAGAUUUACCACCCAAACAUCGAUGAGAAAGGGCAGGUCUGCCUCCCCAUCAUCUCGGCCGAGAACUGGAAGCCGGCCACCAAGACUGACCAAGUGAUUCAAGCCCUGGUGGCCCUCGUGAACGACCCAGAGCCGGAGCACCCUCUGAGAGCUGACAUCGCCGAGGAAUACACCAAGGAUAGGAAAAAGUUCACGAAGAACGCCGAGGAGUUCACCCGGAAGCACGCCGAGAAGCGACCCUCCGACUGA